AUGAGUGCUUCACGAUUUCAAAUCGCUGCACGUCGUGCACUGACUGCUCGAAAUGUUAUGACCAAGCGCAGUGAUGUCGCGGUCAACGCAGAUGUCGCCAAGCUAGAUUCCUUAGCCAAGGGCGACUGGAAGGGCUUAAGUAUUGCCGAAAAGCAGGCCUUGUACCGUCACGACUACUCAGUAACCCGCGCAGAGGCAGGAGCUAGCACUCCUGGAGAGAAGCAGUUUGUUAUCGGAGGUAUUUUUGCGGUGAUGGCCGUUUCAGCGGUCAUUUUCCAGGGUGUCCGCACACUUACAGGCAAUCCUCUGCCCCACACACACAGCAAGGAGUGGACUGACGCUACAAAGGAGAAGCUUAUCGCACAGAAUGCCAAUCCUAUCUCUGGUAUCAGCAGCAAGCAGCAGAAGUAA